UCUAGCUGAACAUUGAGAUCCGAUCUAUUGGGCUCGUCAGAACUUGGCGCCUAGAUUAUUGUAGGUCAUCAUGCAUUAAUCAUAUAAAUGCAGAGCAUCGCCCUGGUAAGGUAGUAUUAUUGGAUCGUCAGCAUCGAUCUAGCGUCAUUUUCGUAUUCUAGUAUUUAGAUUUUUUUUUAUUUAAUAUUGGAAAUAUCUAGGUAGUCAAUGUGAAGUUUUUUUCUCAUUGUCACGCCUUUUUCGCGAUGUUGGCUACUUCUAUUCUCACUAUCUUUUUCCUAAGCUCGGGUUGCCUCGGUUGGGAAUGGGGAAGGAGUGGGAAAUGGGAUCAUAAACAGAGGACGAACUGCCACGGCGGAGAGUCGACGAUUAACUACACCACGAUUACGGGAUUUUUCCAGCAAGAUGAUCCUGCUACCGAUUCUAAAACAUUCGAUUAUACUACAACGAAUUAUGGACUCCUCAAUCGGUCAUACCUAACCGGCGACGAGCUCGAUCCUCAUGGGGCAUGGACACAAUGGGAGCGCUUCACGCAUUUUGUCGAUACUCUAAACCGGGAUGCCGAUAAGAAUACGCAGUAUAAAGUCCUAUUCAUGGGUCGUCAUGGUGAGGGGUAUCAUAAUGCAGCCGAGAGUUUUUAUGGCACGCCGGCGUGGAACUGCUACUGGGGCCUCCUCGACGGGAACACCACAACAACAUGGCGCGACGCCCUACUAACCCCCGCCGGCAUCGCGCAAUGCACCAAAGCGCACGCAUUCUGGUCCACCUCCCUUUCCACCUCCAAAAUCCCCGCUCCACAGUCCUACUACAGCAGUCCCCUCCUCCGCUCCGCCACCACCGCGAAUCUAACCUUCGCCGGACUUACCCUCCCUGCGGACCGGCCAUUCGCGCCUGUAGUCAAGGAACUCCUGCGCGAGGGUAUUAGUAUAAGGGCUUGUGAUGAGCGGUCUAACCGUACACAUUUACGGAAUGUGUUGCCGCCGGAAUUUAUAUUUGAAGAGGGGUUUACGGAAAAUGAUGAGUUAUGGCGUGGAGAUGAAGGGGAGGGGGAGACGAGUGAGGCGCAAGUUAAGCGAUCGAAGGUUGUGCUUGAUGAUAUAUUUAGUAAUGAUGAUGCGACAUGGGUUAGUAUUACGAGCCACUCUGGUGAGAUCGCGGCGAUUUUGAAGGUAUUGGGCCACAGGACAUUUAGUUUAAAUACCGGACAGGCGAUUCCGGUGCUUGUGAAGGCUGUGAAUUUAAAAAGGGGGGCGGCGACGACAACGGUGCAGUCAUGGUCCACAGAGGCGACGUGUAGUACGCCGCCGGUUACGAGUAUUACAGGCCAGGGAUGCGUGUGCUCGUCUUCUGCAUCGUUAGCAUCGGUGAUAGCGACAACUACGGCCACGGCCACAUCGGUAUAAGUUAUGCGGAGAGUGACAUAUUUCUAUUUGCUGUACAAAAAAAUUUGCUAGGAGAAUGGAGCAGAAAUCGUGGUCACCUAGUGCAUUGUUAAUAAGAUAUGUUUCAAAGGUUACAUCUCCAUAUUCCUACCUGCUUAUAUAUCUGGUAUAAUCCAAGGUGUCACAAAAUGUAACAGCCCGGCAUUGUGGGGGCCCUACCUAUAGUGCUCGUAUUUCAUCCGGAUGCAACGUUCGGACGCAAGGAAUCUGUUGCUCCAAAGCCUGACACAUGGUUUCCUUCUUCCCCACGAGGUCUGCUGAAUGUCUAGGUAGCAUUUCUUACACGCGCGAAUUCCUGGAAAAGGAGGCUCGAGGGCGUAAUUAGCCAAGCCCAGACGUUACUGCAAGCCAAUGCAUACCACACCCACGGUGCCCCGGCUACGACCCUGAUCUUGGCUGACUCUUGUCGGGGGCUACUCCUUCGCCGCAUUAUCU